CCCUCCCCUCCUCCACAGUGGAUAGCCCUGGCCUCUCUGUUCUUCAUCCUGGUGUCCAUCUCCACCUUCUGCCUGGAGACCCACGAGUUCUUCAACCCCAUCGUGAACCGCACCGAGCUGGAGCUGGUGGAUAACGUGACGGUGGAGCAUGUCUACCAGGAGACGGAGACGGUGGUCUACCUCACCUACAUCGAGGGCGUCUGCGUGGUCUGGUUUACCUUUGAGUUCAUGAUGCGAGUCAUAUUCUGUCCGGACAAGAUGGAGUUCAUGAAGAAAGCUCUCAACGUUAUCGACUUCGUGGCUAUCUUGCCGUUCUACCUGGAGGUCGGGCUGAGCGGGCUUUCGUCUAAAGCGGCUAAGGAUGUUCUGGGGUUCCUGAGGGUGGUGAGGUUUGUCAGGAUCCUGCGUAUCUUCAAGCUGACCCGUCACUUCGUGGGCCUGAGGGUUCUGGGUCACACGUUACGAGCUAGCACCAAUGAGUUCCUCCUCCUCAUCAUCUUCCUCGCCCUGGGAGUCCUCAUCUUCGCCACGAUGAUCUACUACGCCGAACGGAUGGGAGCAGACCCGACCGACCCGCGCGCCAGCGAGCACACGCACUUCAAGAACAUCCCCAUCGGAUUCUGGUGGGCUGUUGUUACCAUGACGACCCUUGGCUACGGCGACAUGUACCCCCAGACGUGGUCGGGCAUGCUGGUCGGCGCACUGUGCGCCCUGUCGGGUGUACUGACCAUCGCCAUGCCCGUCCCCGUGAUCGUCAACAACUUUGGAAUGUAUUACUCCCUGGCCAUGGCGAAGCAGAAGCUACCAAAGAAGAAGAACAAGCAUAUCCCCCGAGCACCCCAACCGGGAUCACCCAACUACUGUAAGUCCAGCAUCAACUCUCCUCCAACGCCCCAUAAAGCACCGCUCCUUCCUGAAAGCCCGAACUUAGUCCACCCCGUUUUGGCUCUGGCUCAAAACAUGGCUCUGACACACGACGACGUCUUCGAAGUAAAGUUUCCAGGUAAGAAACCAUGAUAGAUGUGUUUGUAAACUGUAAACUAAAGGCUGACAGUCUGUCUUAUAGAGUUACCGUUGUAUCUCUUUUUCUGUCCACUUCCUUUCUUCUCUGUUCUCCUGCAACUCCAUCGUUCUCACUGUUUAGUCUGUAGACGCCCUCCCCUCAUCCUACCAGUGUCUCAAUCAUGUGACUCAGCCACAUCCGAUUAAACAAAUGAAAUCUCUCAUUCAAGGAUCAAUAAGCUCUAUGACUUAACAGAAUGAUACUCUUGAGAAAGGGAGAAAAGAGGGAGAUUGAGUGUGACCAUGAGUAAUCCCCCUAUUGAUUCUCUCAGUCCUCCUGGCCCUAAUGGCACCCUUUUCCCUAUAGUCCUAUGGGCCCUGGUCAGAAUCAGUGCACUAUGUAGGGAAUAGGGUGGAGUUUGGGACGAAUAGACAACUCCCGAGUGGCGCAGUGGUCUAAGGCACUGCAUCGCAGAGCAAGCUGUGCCACUAGAGAUCCUGGCUCGAAUCCAGGCUCUGUCGCAGCCGGCCGCGACCGGGAGACCCAUGGGGCGGCGCACAAUUGGUCCAGCGUCGUCCAGGGUAGGGGAGGGAAUGGCCGGCAGGGAUGUGGGUUCAUUUCCCAUGGGGGGCCAGUAUGAAAAAACCCCCCGAAACAAACAAAAAAACAUGUAUGCACUCACUAACUGUAAGUCGCUCUGGAUAAGAGCGUCUGCUAAAUGACUAAAAUGUAAAUAGGGUGCAGUUUGGGACGCAGCCAAUGACUCACUGCCGCCUUCCUGGCACUCACACAACCUGUCUGGCAUCUGCAUCAGUGUCACACACACCCCUAUAGAUCUGUCACGGGUGAUUAUGUAAAGUCAUGAUUAUGUAAUGAAAAUGCAUAGAUUUGUAAGGCUUAUGUAAAGAUAUGUAAGGGAUUCCAUAAACUAAAGUUCUGGUACAAAGUUAAUGAUUGUUACCAUGUAAUCAUUUGGCAUCGAUAACAACAAUGUUGUUACUGUAGGAAAUUACAGAGGUUCCUGGAUAGCUACCGUUCUGUAGGUUUUACUCCAACCCUGUUCCUGGAGAGCUACCGUUCUGUAGGUUUUACUCCAACCCUGUUCCUGGAGAGCUACCAUUCUGUAGGUUUUACUCCAACCCUGUUCCUGGAGAGCUACCGUUCUGUAGGUUUUACUCCAACCCUGUUCCUGGAGAGCUACCAUUCUGUAGGUUUUACUCCAACCCUGUUCCUGGAGAGCUACCGUUCUGUAGGUUUUACUCCAACCCUGUUCCUGGAGCGCUACCGUUCUGUAGGUUUUACCCCAACCCUGUUCCUGGAGAGCUACCCUCCUGUAGGUUUUACCCCAACCCUGUUCCUGGAUAGCUACCGUCCUGUAGGUUUUCACUCCAACCCUGUUCCUGGAGAGCUACCCUCCUGUAGGUUUUACUCCAACCCUGUUCCUGGAGAGCUACCCUCCUGUAGGUUUUACCCCAACCCUGUUCCUGGAGAGCUACCCUCCUGUAGGUUUUACUCCAACCCUGUUCCUGGAGAGCUACCCUCCUGUAGGUUUUACCCCAACCCUGUUCCUGGAGAGCUACCGUUCUGUAGGUUUUCACUCCAACCCUGUUCCUGGAGAGCUACCCUCCUGUAGGUUUUACUCCAACCCUGUUCCUGGAGAGCUACCCUCCUGUAGGUUUUACCCCAACCCUGUUCCUGGAGAGCUACCGUUCUGUAGGUUUUAACUCCAACCUUAAUCCAUCACACCCGAUUCUGAUAAUUAGCUGGUUGAUAAACUGAAUAAGGUUAGUUACAACUGGGGUUGGAUUGAAAACCUACAGGAGAGUAUCUCUCCAGGAACAGGGUUGGACAGCCCUGUCUUAGAGGUGUUGUUGAGAAAUGUACUGGACACUAUACUUAGUAACUGUAUGACACAUUAGUGCUGACCAUUGAUUACAUUCACAGGCUACUACUGAGGUACUAGGCUGCUACUGAGGUACUAGGCUGCUACUGAGGUACUAGGCUACUACUGAGGUACUAGGCUGUUUCUGAGGUACUAGGCUACUACUGAGGUACUAGGCUGCUACUGAGGUACUAGGCUGCUACUGAGGUACUAGGCUGCUACUGAGGUACUGGAGGUACUAGGCUGCUACUGAGGUACUAGGCUGUUUCUGAGGUACUAGGCUACUACUGAGGUACUAGGCUGCUACUGAGGUACUAGGCUGCUACUGAGGUACUAGGCUGCUACUGAGGUACUAGGCUGCUACAGACGAAAUAGGCUGCUACUGAGGUACUAGGCUGUUACAGGUACUAGGCUGCUACUGAGGUACUAGGCUGCUACUGAGGUACUAGGCUGCUACUGAGGUACUAGGCUGCUACUGAGGUACUAGGCUACUACUGAGGUACUAGGCUGCUACUGAGGUACUAGGCUGCUACUGAGGUACUGGGCUGCUACUGAGGUACUGGGCUGCUACUGAGGUACUAGGCUGCUACUGAGGUACUAGGUUACUACUGAGGUACUAGGUUACUACUGAGGUACUAGGCUGCUACUGAGGUACUAGGCUGCUACUGAGGUACUAGGCUGCUACUGAGGUACUAGGCUGCUAGAGGUACUAGGCUACUACUGAGGUACUAGGCUACUACUGAGGUACUAGGCUGUUUCUGAGGUACUAGGCUGCUACUGAGGUCUAGGCUGCUACUGAGGUACUAGGCUGCUACUGAGGUACUAGGCUGUUUCUGAGGUACUAGGUUGCUACUGAGGUACUAGGCUGCUACUGAGGUACUAGGCUACUACUGAGGUACUAGGCUGUUUCUGAGGUACUAGGCUACUACUGAGGUACUAGGCUGUUAGAGGUACUAGGCUGUUAGAGGUACUAGGCUGUUACUGAGGUACUAGGCUGUUACAGGUACUAGGUUACUACUGAGGUACUAGGCUACUACUGAGGUACUAGGCUGUUUCUGAGGUACUAGGCUGCUACUGAGGUACUAGGCUGCUACUGAGGUACUAGGCUGCUACUGAGGUACUAGGCUGCUACUGAGGUACUAGGUUACUACUGAGGUACUAGGCUGUUACUGAGGUACUAGGCUGUUAGAGGUACUAGGCUGUUAGAGGUACUAGGCUGUUACUGAGGUACUAGGCUGUUACAGGUACUAGGUUACUACUGAGGUACUAGGCUACUACUGAGGUACUAGGCUACUACUGAGGUACUAGGCUGCUACUGAGGUACUAGGCUGCUACUGAGGUACUAGGCUGCUACUGAGGUACUAGGCUGCUACUGAGGUACUAGGCUGCUACAGACGAAAUAGGCUGCUACUGAGGUACUAGGCUGCUACUGAGGUACUAGGCUGCUACUGAGGUACUAGGCUACUACUGAGGUCCUAGGCUACUACUGAGGUACUAGGUUGCUUGAGGUACUAGGCUGCUACUGAGGUACUAGGCUGCUACUGAGGUACUAGGCUGCUACUGAGGUACUAGGCUGCUACUGAGGUACUAGGCUGCUACUGAGGUACUAGGCUGCUACUGAGGUACUAGGCUGCUACUGAGGUACUAGGCUGCUACUGAGGUACUAGGCUACUACUGAGGUACUAGGCUGCUACUGAGGUACUAGGCUACUACUGAGGUACUAGGCUGCUAGAGGUACUAGGCUACUACUGAGGUACUGGGCUGCUACUGAGGUACUAGGCUGCUACUGAGGUACUAGGCUACUACUGAGGUACUAGGCUGCUACUGAGGUACUAGGCUGCUACUGAGGUACUAGGCUGCUACUGAGGUACUAGGUUACUACUUGUCAAGAGGGUUGAUGUUUUAGGCUAACAUAUUUUUUUCACAUUGACACUAUCCCACGUACCAUACUAAAAUACCAUCCAUACACCCACCACUACACCCACUAACCAUCUGAGUCCAUGCACCAUCACGCACCAAUACUACUGUACACACUGUAGUAUCCUAAUGCUUCAGAUCCUACUGUUGACUGUCGAAAUCAGCGAUAUUAUAAUUCAUUUAGUCAGUAAUAUUUGAUUUGAAGCAUGCUAGGAUAUGUGCAGUACAGAAUGUAGCACUUGACAUAAAGCUAUUGUACCCCAUCUUCUAAGAUUUUCAAAGUGGGAUAAUUAAACUGGCAAAGUAGUGGUUUGUUACUAAACCUCAUGAUUAAACUUUAGCCAGAGCUCAGCACCGAUUGAAGGGAGGUUAGCUUCCCAGGGAAUACAUCAAGUUGUAUUGAAUUGGAUGCCCAUAUCUCUACUUUCAUCUUCUCUAGUCUUUUGUUUGGCAGUUGGACAAGCAGCAUUUCAAAUGCUUUUUUUGAUCAGUGUUUGAUUGUGUUGUCUGGAUCUCCCAGAGAGAUUUUCUAAAUUUAAAUAAUAAUAAUAAUGUUCUUAUAGGUGUUCUAAUUAUAUUUCUGUUGAAUCUCUUGUGUCUGUCUGUCUGAAGAUUCCAAGCUGAAUGGGGAGGCGGCCAACGCAGCACUAGCCAAUGAGGACUGUCCUCAUAUAGACCAGGCCAUCUCGCCAGAGGAGAUCUUCAGCCCCAGUGAGAGAGAACGGCCUUGUUGUCUCGUCACCACAGCUGCAGAACGACCCAACCACACAGGGGGAAGAGUCAGGAGGGGUACGUACACCUACAGUAACAGCCAAACACAGCCCAACCACACAGGGGGAGGAGGGAGGAGAGUUACGUACUGUAACAGCCAAACACAGGCCACUAUCAAACGUGUUGCGUUCCCUACGACUUGAUUAUUCACAACCACAGACACAACGUCAACCUGUGGUCUGACACACACAGACCGCAGGUUGACGUUUAUUGUCAUGAGUCUUGUCCUGGAGCCAGAACUGAGCGAUUUCCCCUUAGAUUGGCCAGCUGCAAAGUUAAAAUUGGCUAUUUUGUAAAAAUGUAUGAAAACAAAAAUGUGCUUUUUUUGGUCUUAAUUUAAAUAAAUAAAAAUCUACUUCAUUCAUCUCCAGCACCAUCCCAACAUCAACAAAUGUGAAAAUGGCGCGUUUCUAAGUUUUUGUAGUAAAUAAUAUAGUGUUUCCAAUGACAUCAUCAACCAAUUAGUAGGCAAUUAGUAGGCAAUUAGUAGGCAAUGCCCACUCACAAUUGGUUAAAAUCACACGAUGCACACAGAUGAUGUCAUCGGUAACACUUAUCUUCCUCUUAUCUUUUUUUUACUACAAAACAGAAUUUUUUUUCACACACGUUGAUGUUGGGGUGGUGCUGGAAAUGAUGAAUAUGAAGCUGAACAUUUUUUUUUUAAUUUCCCUUUAAAGGUUAGGGUUGGGCAUUAGGUUUAGCAGUGUGGUUAAGGGGUAGGGUUAAAAUCUGAUUUUACUAGCUAGUAAUUCAGCAGAGCUGCCUCCAGAACAAGUUACAUGAUGAAAAACGCUAACCUGACACACAGACGCACGUGCAUGUACACACACACACACACACACACACACACACACACAACCACCUCUGUAGCUCAAUUUGUAGAGCUUUGCGCUUGUAACGCCACCCAUACGUAAAAAUGUAUGCGCACAUGACUGUAAGUCGCUUUGGAUAAAAGCGUCUGCUAAAUGGCUUAUUAUUAUUAUUAUUACACACACACACACACACACACACACACACACAGGGCUUGGCAAUAUACAGCUGCGGAAAAAAUUUAAGAGACCACUGCAAAAUUAUCCGUUUCUCUGGUUUUACUAUUUAUAGGUAUGUGUUUGGGGAAAAAUAACAUUUUUGGUUUAUUCAAUAAUCUACUGACAACAUUUCUCCCAAAUAAAAAUAUUGUCAUUUAGAGCAUUUAUUUGCAGAAAAUGACAACUGGUCAAAAUAACAAAAUAUGCAGUUUUUGUCAGACCUCGAAUAAUGCAAAGAAAAUAAGUUAUGUUCAUUUUUUAAACAACACAAUAGUAAUGUUUUAACUUAGGAAGAGUUCAGAAAUCAAUAUUUGGUGGAAUAACCCUGAUUUUCAAACAGAGCUUUCAUGCGUCUUGGCAUGCUCUCCACCAGUCUUUCACGUUGAUGUUGGAUGACUUUAUGCCACUCCUGGCGCAAAAAUUCAGAUCCUACUGUUGCUUUGUUUGAUGGCUUGUGACCAUCCAUCUUCCUCUUGAUCACAUUCCAGAAGUUUUCAAUGGGGUUCAGGUCUGGAGAUUGGGCUGGCCAUGACAGGGUCUUGAUCUGGUGGUCCUCCAUCCACACCUUGAUUGACCUGGCUGUGUGGCAUGGCGCAUUGUCCUGCUGGAAAAACCAAUCUUCAGAGUUGGGGAACAAUGUCAGAGCAAAAGGAAGCAAGUUUUCUUCCAGGACAACCUUGUAUGUGGCUUGAUUCAUGCGUCCUUCACAAAGACAAAUCUGCCCGAUUCCAGCCUUGCUGAAGCACCCCCAGAUCAUCACCGAUCCUCCACCAAAUUUCACAGUGGGUGCGAGACACUGUGGCUUGUAGGCCUCUCCAGGUCUCUGUCUAACCAUUAGACGACCAGGUGUUGGGCAAAGCUGAAAAUUGGACUCAUCAGAGAAGAUUACCUUACUCCUCUACGGUCCAAUCCUUAUGGUCUUUUGCAAACCUCAGCCUGGCUCUUCUUUGCUUCUCAUUGAUGAAGGGCUUUUUUCUAGCUUUGCACGACUUCAGCCCUGCCCCUAGGAGCCUGUUUCGAACCAUCCUCGCCGUGCACUUCACUCCAGCUGCCGUUCGCCAUUCUUUUUGUAGGUCACUUGAUGUCAUCCUACAGUUGUUGAGUGACAUUCGAAUGAGUUGGCGGUCAUCCCGGUCAGUAGAGUUGUUUUCGCCCUCUGCCGGUCUGUAGCUUUGUUGUCCCCAAUGUCUGCUGCUUGACCUUGUUCUUAUGAACCGCCGUCUUUGACAUUUUAAGGAUGGAAGCAACCUGACGCUCACUGUAUCCCUCUGCCAGUAAAGCCAGAAUUGACCCCUUCUUUUCCUCACUCAAAACUUUCCUUUUCAACUCUUUUGGCAUGGUCAAUAGUUAUUUUUUGAUUCAUAUUACUUUUGAGGUACUAUUAGCACUGUUUUUGCCAUCCAGCUGGUGCUAUUGCAAGAGGAUAGUGAUGACCACAGCAGUGGUUUUUAUACUUUUCCUCGUUAAAUAAGAUUUGGUUCAGGUGAUCACCUAAUCAGUACCUAAUUCAGUAGAAUGAGGUGUGCCUGUGUUGGAAUUCAACAGACACUGGAAUGGAAUGGCUAUCAUACAUGUAGAGAUGCUGAUUUAAGAAAAAUUUGCAGUGGUCUCUUAAUUUUUUUCCACAGCUGUAUAUAACGAUAUUUUCAUACAGUGCUAAAUUAAAUGAAAAGUUGUACAAAUUGUUGUACUUCACUGUCAGCUUUGUCCUAGUUUGGUUGAGGAGAAAACUAUCAGAAUUUAGAAAGAUAUUAAAACUACUUAGAACUCAUUUGUUGCCCUAUAAGGGUCAUGCACUACUCAUAAAACAUAUUCCAAACUUUUAUUAUUCCGAAACAUAAAAUACCACCACACUGUCCAAAAUGAGAAAAAUAUUGGGAUAUUAUGUUUUGGCGAUAUCACCCAGCCCUACACCCGCACCCACCCAACCACGCACACACACCCACCCACACAUACCCACCCACCCACACACACCCACCCACACCCACCUGCAUUCUGGGAAGUCCCAGGGUCUCGUUCUCAAGGGUUCCCUGAUCACAGUAAAACAACAAUCAAAAUACAAUGUGAAACAAAACAACAAUCAAAAUACAAUGUGAAACAAAACAACAAUCAAAAUACAAUGUGAAACAAAACAACAAUCAAAUACAAUGUGAAACAAAACAACAAUCAAAAUACAAUGUGAAACAAAACAACAAUCAAAAUACAAUGUGAAACAAAACAACAAUCAAAAUACAAUGUGAAACAAAACAACAAUCAAAAUACAGCCCAACACAAAAUGUAAGAAAAGCAGUUAAAUUCCUCAGCCACGAGGUCCUCAGCCACGAGGUCCUCAACUACUAGGUCCUCAGCCACUUGGUUCUCAGCCACGAGGUCCUCAGCCACUUGGUUCUCAGCUACGGGUUCCUCAGCCACGAGGUCCUCAGCCACGAGGUCCUCAGCCACGAGGUCCUCAGCCACGAGGUCCUCAGCCACUAGGUCCUCAGCCACUAGGUCCUCAGCCACUAGGUCCUCGGCCACUAGAUCCUCAGCCACGAGGUCCUCAGCCAAUACGUCCUCAACUACGAGGUCCUCAGCCACUAGUCCUCAACUACGAGGUCCUCAGCCACUAGUCCUCAGCCACUAGGUUCUCAGCCACGAGGUCCUCAGCCAUGAGGUCCUCAGCCACGAGGUCCUCAGCCACUAGUCCUCAACUACGAGGUCCUCAGCCACUAGUCCUCAGCCACUAGUCCUCAGCCACUAGGUCCUCAGCCACUAGUCCUCAGCCACGAGGUCCUCAGCCACGAGGUCCUCAGCCACUAGUCUUCAACUACGAGGUCCUCAGCCACUAGGUCCUCAACUACUAGUCUCUCAGCCACUAGUCCUCAGCCACUAGGUCCUCAGCCACGAGGUCCUCAGCCACGAGGUCCUCAGCCACGAGGUCCUCAGCCACAAGGGACUCAACCAACUCUUUAAACUGCCAGAGCGGCACCACAACAUCCAACUGUAAUGAGUUUUGUAAAUUGUUCCAGCAAAUCUCCAUUCUGGUUUGACCUCCUUUUAUAGAUCUGCAUUCUGGUUAGACGUCUCACUCCUAACAAUAGAUAGCAGUCACUUUACAAAGGUUUUGUCUUACUUUUGACCAACGUCUUUUUUUAAAGGCUUUGUAGAUUGAACUUGUACUUCCUGUAGCUCUGGAGACGAGGACUCUGACCUCCUUAGAACAUAACGGGUAAUUGAAGACGCACUCCAGCUAUGUUUUUACUUUUCCCGUUGAAAAGCGAUAUCCCAGUAUAAAUAUAGUAAUGUACACACACUUAAGCGUAAAAAAUAAUGUUUUGAGCUUAACACAUUUUGGGGGGGACUCUAUUGCGAAAGCCAGGGACUUCUAAAAAAUACUUUGGCAAAAACCGAUGGUCAGGACAUUACUGGGCAUUAUUGAAUAGCCCAUGAGGCCAUCAGAUUGAGUUUUGUAUCCAAAUAAUAUAAUAAUAAUAUAAUAUGCCAUUUAGCAGACGCUUUUAUCCAAAGCGACUUACAGUCAUGCGUGCAUACAUUUUUGUGUAUUUGUGGUCCCGGGGAUCGAACCCACUACCUUGGCGUUACAAGCGCCGUGCUCUACCAGCUGAGCUACAGAGGACACAAAUGGCACCAUAUUCUCUUUAUAGUGUAUUACUUUUGAUCAGGGCCCAUUUUGUCCUAUAUAUAUAUAUAUUUUUUUUUAACCCCAGCCCCUGUCCCCGCAGGAGGCCUUCUGCCUUUUGGUAGGCCGUCACUGUAAAUAAGAAUUUGUUCUUAACUGACUUGCCUAGUUAAAUAAAGGUUACAUAAAAAAUAAAAUGUAUAUAAUAGACCAAUCAGACGGGAAGAUUCCCUUAGGCAGGCCUGAAGGUGUAAUGGUUGGUUUAAUGUCUUAUAAUCCUGACAUUGGAUAGAAUAAAGCACUUUUAUUUGAACGUGAUCCUUUUGGAAGUUGCGUUGCAGCUAUGAUGUAGAGCCUAACUAUCUUGGUGGACAGGCUUUCAUGAAAAAGAGUCAACAUUGUACAGUAUAUACUUGCAGUUAUAUCUCAGGAGAGCACCAGGAUACAUAUAGCUGUAGGGAUAUAGAACCAUCAACACCUCAAUCAGCCGUUUCAAUUUUGCAAAACAAACAUCUUAAAAUAUUACGUUAAAACCUCCAGAUCAACAUGCUCUCUUAAACACUGACAAACAGUAUUAUAUAAUAUCCUAUAGUUCACACUGACAAACAGUAUUAUAUAAUAUCCUAUAGUUCACACUGACAAACAGUAUUAUAUAAUAUCCUAUAGUUCACACUGACAAACAGUAUUAUAUAAUAUCCUAUAGUUCACACUGACAAACAGUAUUAUAUAAUAUCCUAUAGUUCACACUGACGGAAACAGUAUUAUAUAAUAUCCUAUAGUUCACACUGACGGAAACAGUAUUAUAUAAUAUCCUAUAGUUCACACUGACGGAAACAGUAUUAUAUAAUAUCCUAUAGUUCACACUGACGGAAACAGUAUUGUAUAAUAUCCUAUAAUUCACACUGACGGAAACAGUAUCGUAUAAUAUCCUAUAGUUCACACUGACUGAAGCUUAAACUCAAGCACAAUCACCAUAUCUUAUCUUCUCUAGAAGAAGCCCAAUCCCUCUAUAUGUUUUUAUAUAUAUAUAUAUAUAUAUAUAUAUAUAUAUAUAUAUAUCAUACAUAAUGUAGCUACCAUAUUUUACACAAGACAACCAAUUGUAUAAUUUUUCUAUGAAAUAAAAUGUGCUUGUGAAGAAAGUGUUGAUGUAUGUUUUGUUUGUGUUUUACUGGCCUGUAUCAUGUAUGUUUGUGUUUUACUGGCCUGUAUCAUGUCUGUUUGUGUUUUACUGGCCUGUAUCAUGAAUGUUUGUUCUACUAAUGAUAAUCAUGUUGACUAUGAAUCAGCUUGUCAUUAUGGCGCAUGCCCUGUCUAGCUGAUGGGUGUUAUUAGUGUGGUGAUGGUGGAGCAAACACAAAAGGAGUACAGGGUUAUGAGGUUACUCAAGAACAACAUUUAAAUAAUACCAACUGAUUUAUAUAUUUAUAUAUUUUUUAAUUUAACCUUCUAUUUAACCAGAUUUGCAAUGACAACCUGAAAUUGUAGCAUUUAUUUGAUAUUGCAUGACUACGCCAACUCUAAUCCAGACUAUUUUAACUGGUAUCUAAAAGCCAUUGUGCUAUUGGGGUUAGAUCCAACAGUGACCUAACACAUCUCCUAUUGCCAUCGAUGCAUCAUUUAUGCAAACCUCAAAUUAGGAGAUUCAUCUCUUGGCUUUUAGUAAAUAUAGAUCUAGUGAAAUUGGAACACAAGACGAAAUCCCAAAGUAUACAGGGAGAGUAAUAAUAUACUGUAGCAGACUGCCAACAUAUUCUCCAAUAUACUGUAGCAGACUGCCAACAUAUUCUCCAAUAUACUGCAGCAGACUGCCAACAUAUUCUCCAAUAUACUGUAGCAGACUGCCAACAUAUUCUCCAAUAUACUGUAGCAGACUGCCAACAUAUUCUCCAAUAUACUGUAGCAGACUGCCAACAUAUUCUCCAAUAUACUGUAGCAGACUGCCAACAUAUUCUCCAAUAUACUGCAGCAGACUGCCAACAUAUUCUCCAAUAUACUGUAGCAGACUGCCAACAUAUUCUCCAAUAUACUGUAGCAGACUGCCAACAUAUUCUCCAAUAUACUGUAGCAGACUGCCAACAUAUUCUCCAAUAUACUGUAGCAGACUGCCAACAUAUUCUCCAAUAUACUGUAGCAGACUGCCAACAUAUUCUCCAAUAUACUGUAGCAGACUGCCAACAUAUUCUCCAAUAUACUGCAGCAGACUGCCAACAUAUUCUCCAAUAUACUGUAGCAGACUGCCAACAUAUUCUCCAAUAUACUGCAGCAGACUGCCAACAUAUUCUCCAAUAUACUGUAGCAGACUGCCAACAUAUUCUCCAAUAUACUGCAGCAGACUGCCAACAUAUUCUCCAAUAUACUGCAGCAGACUGCCAACAUAUUCUCCAAUAUACUGCAGCAGACUGCCAACAUAUUCUCCAAUAUACUGCAGCAGACUGCCAACAUAUUCUCCAAUAUACUGCAGCAGACUGCCAACAUAUUCUCCAAUAUACUGUAGCAGACUGCCAACAUAUUCUCCAAUAUACUGUAGCAGACUGCCAACAUAUUCUCCAAUAUACUGUAGCAGACUGCCAACAUAUUCUCCAAUAUACUGUAGCAGACUGCCAACAUAUUCUCCAAUAUACUGUAGCAGACUGCCAACAUAUUCUCCAAUAUACUGUAGCAGACUGCCAACAUAUUCUCCAAUAUACUGCAGCAGACUGCCAACAUAGUAUACCCCACUCAGGUGGCGUAGUUGUCUGUCAACAUGUGUUGUCUGCUCUUCUAAACCAUUCCAGUACCACCCUUUGCAUGCAUGCCGUUGAACUAGCUACUGCUUCAUCUGAUGCAUACAGGUACUACUGACACAGUCAAUGCAUACAGGUACUACUGACAGUCAAUGCAUGGACAAUAAUGCUGUUGUUGACCUCACUGGCUGACUGACUGAAAUCUGUUGACUUUUGUGUUUGGAGGAAAACAAAAAGAAGAAAGCAACAGGUUGUAAGAAAUAAAGAGAAACAUUCAUAUUGGCUUGUACUGUACUCAAAACACUGCAAUGUACUGUACUCAAAACACUGCAAUGUACUGUACUCAAAACACUGCAAUAUACUGUACUCAAAACACUGCAAUGUACUGUACUAAAAACACUGCAAUGUACUGUACUCAAAACACUGCAAUGUAUUGUGCUCAAAACACUGCAAUGCACUGUGCUCAAAACACUGCAAUGUACUGUACGCAAAACACUGCAAUGUACUGUACUCAAAACACUGCAAUGUAUUGUACGCAAAACACUGCAAUGUACUGUACUCAAAACACUGCAAUGUACUGUACUCAACUUUCAGUGCACUAUACUCAAAACACUGCACUGUACUGUACUCAAAACACUCUCUGUUUUCCAACUGAAGGUUAUGACAAGCCUUGGAGCGCCCUAAACAGCAUGUCUGGCAUGAGCGUGAGCGGCCUGGGCGGCCAUGACACCUCUGGAGUGUCGUCCUCCUGCGUUUCCGCCCUGCCCUGCAGUCCAUCCUGUCUCAUCCAGCACUCACACUCCCCCAUCCCAUCCAUUCUCUGAACUCUAGCAUGGUUCACUAGGAGACUUUGGCCCUGUCCACACUCAACCCCUAGCGGUAGCCACUACCUGCUAAACACUUGUGGAGAUCUGAUUGGAUAGGUGUAGGCAAUAUGGUGAUAGCUCCACCUGGCCUAUCAGAGGGCAAGGUGGAGUUCUCACCAUAUAUUAUUGCUUAAUUAAGCCUCUCCAAUC